GACGUUGAGGGACCGCGACGCCUUCGGCCGGCAAGUGGAUCGGGUCCGGCGGACUGACGGAAGCCGGAGCGCCAUGGCCUCUGCCGGGGUGGCCUCCGGGCGACAGGCUGAGGAUGCGUUACCGCCGCCGGCCGAGCCGCCGCUGCCCGAGACGAAGCCGCAGCCGCCGCUGCCGGUCGCCGCGCCUCAGCCGCAGCAGUCGGCGGCGCCGAGGCCUCAGUCACCGGCGGGCGUGAAAGAGGAGACCUACUCCUUUUUACCUUUGGUUCACAACAUCAUCAAAUGCAUGGACAGGGACAGCCCGGACACCCACCAGGACCUGAACGCCCUCAAGGCCAAGUUCCAGGAGAUGCGAAAGGUCAUCAGCACCAUGCCUGGCAUCCACCUGAGCCCAGAGCAGCAGCAGCAACAGCUGCACAGCCUCCGCGAGCAAGUCAGGACCAAGAAUGAACUUCUGCAAAAGUACAAGAGCCUCUGCAUGUUCGAGAUCCCCAAGGAGUAGAUGAGGCCGCUUCCAGGAAGGCCCGAGAAAGCAGGGGAAGAGCAGACGACCUCGCUGCCCUUGGAGAGGGCUUCUUUCCCAGCCCAGCUCUGAACUUCGCAGCUGAGUAGGAGGGGCUACGGUACUGCUCCCUUAGCUGAACUUGGCCUUGGCUGUGGGAGGAGCCAGCCCCGGAGCUUGGCCUUGGUGGGGCUUCCUGUAUAUAUCCUACGUCUAGGCAUGAUAACGGGAGUGCCUGCGGUGGGAGGAGGCGUGUUUCUGGGGGCUGCAGAGGGUUGGAGGACGCUGGCUCUGUCUCUGGGGAGGGGCCACCUGCUGCGGGGCUGCGCUCCUCUGGGAUCUGAGCAGCUCAGUAGGAAGGAGGCAUCUCCCGUGCUUCCUGCCUCCCCUCUCCUCCCGUCGCCGGACGUGCAAUAUGUACCAGCUGCAUAUUGUUCUGUUACAGCAGAAUCAUGAAGCAUUUGCAUAGAAUUCACUGGACAGAUCAGCCCUGUAGCCACAUGGCACGGGUUUAAGAUGGUCAGGGAAGGCUGUGAGAGUGAGCGUUGUUCCGACAGCCUACAGGGGGGCCCUCGCCCCUGAAACAGGUUGUUUGCUUUCGUGUUUGAGCCCGUGACUGUGCCAGCCCCGGGGCCGGCGGGCAGGGCCCUGUGCCCGGGGUCUCCAACACCCACACGUGCUCGUUACUUUCAGCUCUUGCUCCCUUUGUCUCCUGUCACCUUCAGGCGGCUCAGUCUGCCAUUUAAUGCCUGAGAAGGCCCAGACCACCGCAGACCCCACAGUGCUUCCCGCGGGGCUGGAGGACACAUGGUUUCUGCGCAGGCGCAGACAAGCAUCCAGGUGCGCAGACCUGGCCUCUUCCGGCGUUUCAGGGUCCCAUGGUCCUGGUUUAAGAAACGUUUCCCCCUCUGGCCUGCUCGUAGAGUCAACCACGAACAUACCGCGCUGCAGAUAGGGGUUCAUGUGCCCUUUGCGCUCAGAGACGGGCAGUUCUGGGCGACGGUUCUGGUCAUACGAGGCCAGGUGGGACCGAAUAGCUCUGAUUCAGUUCUGAGGUGCCACGAGCUAGACCCAGACGUGAAGAGUCAAGUCCUGGUUCAUAAAAUGUGUACAAACGCCCCUCGUUUUCUGCAGGUGGGACAUCUUAUUUGUGCGCCCUUGCCUUCCCUCUGAAGGUUAAGGUGAGAAAAGUAAGCGAGUGUCGUUUAGACCUAGAAAUGAGUCCAUAACCUGUGCUGACCAGUUCAGGGCCCUGACAGAGGCUCGCCGACUGACCUUGUUGGCAGGUAUUGGUUGGAGACGAUUUUAGCAGGGGUUCGGUUCAUGUCAACCCGCAGCCACCUGUCGGAAGAUGGCAGGCUUAUUGGGAACUCAGGGAGGAGGUAUGAAGGGAGAUGGCAGAUUUCAGUGACUUUGGACAGAAGAGCAGGCGCUGAACUGAAGUGGGUAGUCACCUCUUAGACUCCUACCUUGGGACUGUUAUUUAACUGAAUCAGUUAUUUUCUUGACAUCUCGGCAUAGUGUGUGGGCCGGUUUUAAGGCUCUGACCAAAUACCAUGAAACAUGAAGCCACAGAAAUGCAAGACCCCCCGGGGGGACCUUUCUGCGAGGCUGAAAUGGACACCGGCUCCUCACGGGCAGGGAGAGGUGGAACCUUUCUUUGCUGUGUUUGUCAAUGUUAUGGCUUUUGAUGGUUUUCAAGAGUAUAAUUAAAAGAACUUGUGCUCUGCUCUGGGGA